CGCACACGAUGUAGGGUGCAGAAUCAAAACAGUUAAAUUUGACAGCUCGACAUUGUCCCUCACAAGGAAAAUGUUAUGAAAACGUUCCUGGCAGGCUGAGAAACAAACCGUGAUAUUCAACCAACAUUUUCAGAAAGUGGGGCCGAGUUGUGGAGGAAUGCCAUCACGGGGAAAAGCUUCUUUUGGCCGGUUUAUCCGGGAGCGGUUGCAGCGCCUCUACAGCUAGCUGAUUAGCUUCCCAGCUCCAUGGCGAUCUACAGGCUGAGCAUUACCAUAUAUAGACCGGGCACGGAGCUCCCUGGCCGGUGAAAUGUAAACGGCGACGGGCUCGGGAGACUGAGAAAGGGAAAGCAAAGACAAAACUCAGCUUGAGAGACCAAAACCACCAUCUUCACCAUGUCAUCCGAGCAGAUCAUCGCCAUCAUCAUGGAUGACAAAACCUACGAGGUGAAUAAAAAGAAGCUGAUUGAGAAGAGCGACUACUUCCGAGCUCUGUACAGCUCGGGGAUGAGGGAGUCCACGGAGGACUCGGUGCAGCUGCAAGGACUCAGCGUCCUGGGCUUGGAGCUGGUCCUGGAGUUCAUCAACACCUCCAAAGUCCAGGUAGUCAACGAGACUCUGGAGGAUCUGAUCGAGACCGCCUCCUUUCUCCAGGUCACCUCCAUCCUUAAGCUCCUCACUUCGGAGAUCCGGCUGGAGAACUGCGUGGAGCUGUACAGCCUCUCCGAGGUGUAUGGGACUCACGACCUGCGUACCGCUUGCCUCAAAUACAUGACCUGCUACUACCACCCCAUGCUGAGGCGGCCCGAGUUCAGCAGCCUGGCCUCUGCUGUCAGGGACCAAGUCAAGGAGAUGCGCAUGAAUGGCACUGCCACCCUGGUGGCCAUCGGAGACUUCACCAGCCUGUCCCUGGACGUUCCGGAUCAGGAUGAGCCCUGGUCCAUGCUGAGGUAUGGAGAGGUGGAGCAGCGCUGGAAGCCUCUCGCCAACAACCUCCCUCCAGAUAUGAUCAACGUCAGGGGGUAUGGGUCGGCCAUCCUCGAUAACUACUUGUUCAUAGUUGGCGGGUACAGGAUGACGAGUCAGGAGAUCUCUGCUGUGCACUGCUACAACCCCUGCAGGAACGAGUGGAACCAGGUGGCGCCACUCAACCAGAAGAGGUCCAACUUCAAGCUGCUGGCUGUACAGGGGAAGCUGUACGCUGUGGGAGGCCAGUGUCUGGGCACAGUGGAGUGUUACAGCCCUGAGCAGGACUGGUGGACCUGCGUCUCCUCGAUGCCCGACCCGCUGGCUGAGUUCUCUGCCUGUGAGUGCCAGGGUAUGAUCUACGUCAUGGGUGGAUACACUGCGAGAGAGAGGAACACAAACAUCCUCCGAUACUGCCCCAUCUCUGACACCUGGACGACGUUCCGAUCCUGCCCGGCUCACAUCCGGAAGCAGCAGAUGCUCUCCGUGGAGGAUACCAUCUACCUGGUGGGUGGCUACACCCACGAGCUGGACACGGGGCUGCGGCGGCGACGUCCCAGCCAAACGGAGGACGUGCUGACGGUGCAGUCGUACAACGUCACCACGGGGGAGUGGCUCCAGCUGAAGGAGAACACGUCCAAGUCGGGACUGAACCUGACGUGCACGCUGCACAACGACGGUAUCUACAUUAUGAGCCGGGACGUCAGCCUGCCCACCAGCCUGGAACACCGCGUUUUUCUCAAAUAUAACAUUUUCUCAGACGCUUGGGAGGCCUUCAGGCGCUUCCCGGCUCUGGGACAGAACAUGCUGCUCUGCUCACUUUACCUUCCUAACGUGCUGUGACACGCAGAGCGGCGGGAAAGCUCGAGCACUGUUAA